AUGCCGCGCCGGCUGUCGGCGCUGGCAGGUGGGCACAGGUGCGGCCACCGGCUCCUUGAGAUCUGCGUGCGGCGCGUCACCUCCGCCUCCGGGGUGAUUCACGUCUUAGCUCAUGAUUUUGGAUUUCGCGUGCAGCGCGGCGGGGUGCGGCGCGGGGACGGGGAGAUCUUCGUGUCGGUGGACCCGGCCACGCCGGCGCGGCUGCGCGGAGGGGACGCGGCGGCUACGGAGUCUCCGGGGCUGAGGCAGCAGCUCAGCCCCGGGCUUCUCGAUCUCCACGCCUUCGAUACCGAGCUUAUCCCCGAUUUUCAAGUUCAAGGGAUGUAUGAUGGAGCUCAGAAGUUCAGCUAUGCAAAUGGAGGAGGCUUUGUCGAUUCCGAUGUGAGCUUCGCUACACAAAAGCAGAUGAGCAAGUCCACUGUUUUUGCUGAAACUAACUACCUCAACGCCUUCACUGAGAAAGAGAAGGCAGCCCCGGUUGCCAAAAUCAAAGUGGUGGUGCGCAAGAGACCGCUGAACAAGAAGGAAACAUCAAAGAAAGAAGAAGAUAUCAUAGACAUUGAACUAAACUCUUUGACCGUCCAUGAGACUAAGCUUAAGGUUGACCUCACGGAAUAUGUCGAAAAGCAUGGAUUUAUGUUUGAUGCUGUUUUAGAUGAGGACGUUUCAAACGAUGAGGUUUAUCGUGAAACAGUUGAACCUGUGGUUCCUGCUAUUUUUAAUCGUACAAAGGCAACUUGUUUUGCAUAUGGACAAACUGGUAGUGGAAAAACCUACACCAUGAGGCCACUUCCUCUGAAGGCAUCCCAAGACAUUUUGAGACUAAUGCACCAUACAUAUCGUAAUCAAGGGUUUCAGUUAUUUUUUAGUUUCUUUGAGAUAUAUGGUGGGAAAUUAUAUGAUCUUCUCAACGAAAGGAACAAACUUUGCAUGAGGGAAGAUGGAAAACAGAAAGUAUGCAUUGUUGGUUUGCAAGAGCACAGGGUGUCUGAUCUUGAAACUAUCAAGGAGUUGAUUGAACGAGGCAAUGCUACCAGAAGUACUGGUACAACAGGUGCAAAUGAGGAGUCAUCGCGAUCUCAUGCCAUUCUUCAGCUUGUUAUUAAAAGGCGUGUUGAUGGCAGUGACUCCAAACCACCCAGAUUGGCCGGCAAGUUGUCGUUUAUUGAUCUGGCUGGCAGUGAGCGUGGUGCUGAUACAACUGAAAACGAUAAACAAACAAGAAUUGAGGGUGCUGAGAUCAAUAAAAGUUUGCUUGCCUUAAAGGAAUGUAUCAGAGCGCUUGAUAAUGAUCAGACACAUAUUCCCUUCAGAGGAAGCAAAUUAACCGAAGUUUUGCGAGAUUCAUUCAUUGGAGACUCACGCACUGUCAUGAUAUCAUGCAUUUCCCCUAGUUCUGGUUCUUGUGAGCAUACGCUGAACACAUUGAGAUAUGCUGAUAGGGUGAAGAGUCUGUCAAAGGGAGGCAACAGCAAGAAAGAAGUGACUUUGGCUGCUGCACCUUUACGAGAGUCAAGUCCUUCCCCAUUGGCUUCGGUUGUACCCUCUUUCUCCGCAGAUGAGGCGACGAAUGAUAUCACUGAAAGGAAUAUUUUUGGUUGGCCUAAGCAACAGUAUGCCAAAGAACAGCCAUCACCAUUGUUUGUGGAUAGAAUGCCCAAGGCUAGGGGAGAUACUGCGUUCAGUUCGUCGAAUGGAGGUUAUUUCAACGAACAAAGGACCCGCAGUACUGCUGAAACAAGCAUAGCUGUAGUACCGGAUACAAUGUAUCAGCAGGAAAUGCAACAGGCACGGAAAGGUAGAGGUUCAGCCUUGGAGAAGAAUAUGAGAAAUUCUAUUGCUUACCCGAUUAGAAAGGCUGUGCCAGAUGAAGAUGACCAUCUUAAUGACCUCCUUCAGGAAGAGGACGAUCUAGUGAGCGCUCACAGAAAGCAGGUGGAAGAGACCCUGGAUAUUAUCAAAGAGGAGAUGAACUUAUUAGUUGAAGCAGAUCAUCCUGGCAACCAACUAGAUGACUACGUCACAAGACUAAGCAGUAUUCUAUCACAGAAAGCUGCUGGAAUCGUGGAGUUACAAGAUCGUCUUGCACAGUUCCAGAGGCGUUUAAGUGAGAACAACGUGCUGCUAUAUUCCGAGAGCCCUUGAUCAGGAGAUAAGAGUGGCCUAUUCGUCACCCCUGCGCGAGGGUAAUGAGGAAGCUGGGGACCGAUCAGAGUCUAUGUGCCUGUGAGCUCCUGCAACGCUGGAAGUAUGAAGCUGGGGACCGAUCGCAUUGCCAACGCUGGUGCACCGACGCAGUUCUGAACCCAUAGAUGUGGCAUAAGCAGAGCCAGACGGCUAUAGUAUACUGCUGCUUGCCGUGGCCGACUAAGCAUAUUUGUACCCAAAUCGCAGGUGUGCGUGCGCUCCAUACUUCCAUUCGAUCAUGUGUAUGUAUAUCCCUUUCAGAGUGCCCUGCUAUUUGUUUGUCAACAGAUGUUCCUUUUUGUCCAGUGCAUAAAGAUUCUGGUA